UCUGUUUCUACCAUUUCCUCUUUGGAACGCGAUCGACGAUUUUCCUCUCUUCACCUGCCAGAAGGCAAAUAGUUUCUUGACCACACUUCGAAUCCAAACAUAUUUUCUUUCAGUUAUUCCUUUCAUUCUUUUCGAAAAUUUGAUUUACAUUCAAAGAGUUCUAAAGUUGUAUGUAACCGAAUCCAAAAAAUUUGAGCUUACACAAAGGAUGGUCCAAUUUAUAGGCGCCAUUCGUGCAUCUCCUUCUCUAGCCAGUUUUGCUCUUCGCGGACGCCAAUUGUCUUUCCAGACCUCUUCACUUUCACUUUCAAGAAAUUGGCUACCUCUAUCUUCAUUUUCCAAAAAUGGGUUCUCUCAGUGUAGGAGGAUUUCGCGAGCUUGCUUUAUUUCAAAUGCAAGUGGAAAUGCUGAUUCACAGUCGCUCUUAGACCAAUCUGAAAUCAUAUUCAUGGGGACAGGAACUAGUGAAGGGAUUCCACGUCUCAGCUGCCUUACUGAUCCUCUAAAGGAAUGUCCGGUGUGCUCAAAAGCUGUGGAACCUGGUAAUAAGAAUAGAAGAUUGAACACGGGCCUCCUUAUUCGUUAUUCUGGUCCUGGUGAAAGACGCAACAUUCUAAUAGAUGCUGGCAAGUUCUUCUACCAUAGUGCUCUUCGAUGGUUUCCUGCAUUUGGGCUAAGAACAAUUGAUGCGGUUAUUAUUACUCAUUCUCAUGCUGAUGCAAUUGGAGGUCUGGAUGAUCUUCGAGAUUGGACAAACAAUGUGCAACCUUACAUUCCAAUCUAUGUUGCAGAGCGUGAUUUUGAGGUGAUGAAGAAGACUCAUUAUUAUUUGGUAGAUACAAGUGUCAUUACACCUGGUGCUGCUGUCUCAGAUUUGCAAUUUAACAUAAUACAUGAGGAGCCUUUUGUAGCAUGUGACCUGAAGUUUACCCCUUUACCAGUGUGGCAUGGUCAUGGUUAUCGUUCCCUUGGUUUUCGCUUUGGUAACAUAUGUUACAUCAGUGAUGUCAGUGACAUACCCGAUGAAACUUAUCCACUACUUAAGGGCUGCGAAAUUCUAAUUUUGGACGCAUUGAGGCCUGAUCGAUCUUCUUCAACACAUUUUGGACUUCCAAGGGCGUUAGAUGAGGUGCGGAAAAUUCAACCAAAGAGAACAUUUUUCACUGGCAUGAUGCAUCUGAUGGAUCAUGAAAAGAUAAAUGAGUAUCUUUCGAAAUUGAUGGAGACAGAAGGGCUUGAUGUACAACUAAGUUACGACGGCUUGCGUAUACCAGUAAAACUUUAACUUCUGUCUUAAUUCUAUUUCCAUCCCAUUCUUUUUCUUAAUAAAUACACACAGCAUAGGGCAUAUACUCUUUACUUAAAAUGUCAAAUUGGUUCCUCAUGUCAUUUUCGGAAUCAAAAAUUUCCUCCUUGAUGCUUUAAAUCUUCCUGUGUAAUUUGCCUUCAGCAUCAAUGCUGCCAUUCAUCAUUCAGCAAGCUAGAAUUAUAGACAAGUUCUUGAGUUGAUUAUUUGAAUAUUACUGUGGAAAGCAGAUGAAUAAUUCUCAUCUUAUCAAUGUUAAAUCUAGAAACCCACUUGCUUGUUUCUCUUCA